AGGCAAUGUCGACGUUGCAAGACCUUUACAAUGUCCAGGCUAGCAGUUUCCUGCAAGCGAAUGAGCCUGAAGGUUUGGGUGCCUACAAACCCAGCGGCUCUGGCAGCAAAGUCAUCACCAUGCUACAACAGUUGAUCAAGGAUUCUGAGGUUAUGGCGGCAGAAGCCAGAGAAGCUGAACAAACCUCUCAGGAAAGUUUAGAAGCAUUCGCUUCAGAAACGAACAAAGCCAUCAAGACCAAGAAGGACGGAAUUUCCAAGCAAACGAAACAGCGCGGGAUGAAGGUGGUUUUGCUGGCUGAAACAUCAGAAGCAAAGCACUUGACCUCCGCGGAGAUGACGCAGUUGCAGAUGGUUAAAGAACGACUUCACGAAAGCUGUGAUUUUCUCUUGUCUCAGUUCGAUGUGCGACAGAAGGCACGGGCUGAUGAGAUUGAGGCAUUGAAGAAAGCAAAGUUGACGCUGGCAGGUGAUUGAACACAUAGCUCAAGGUUUCUAAACGAACCUAAGCUUCAAACGUUUGAACAACUUGGAAGACCACAGAUAUCCUGGUCACUUCUUACCUUGGUCGAAAGACAACUGUGGGGUGUUCCCACGACCUGGGUAAGAGCUGCCUUGCGCGUUCCACGAAAAGUGUGCGGCCGGUGCGGCAGUCUUCUCUGGCACAGAUUGCUAAUGUCGCUC